GUCAGAAGUCCCAGAGGGGGCCCAGGCGACUUGCUCUCACAGGCCAGACCUGCCUUCCAUUUUUUUCUGCCCUUAGCUUGGGAGGAUGAAGAACUCUAUUUUGAGGAUUCUGCGAAAAGGAUUGCAACCCAGCCAUGUUUUAUCUCCUUGCAGGAACCUGGCUGAGUUCCUCCUCCCUAUCCUGGGCCUCUGUGGCUCCAUCUGUGGGAUGGGAGAGUUAGAUUAACACCAGGCUAUCCCAUAGAUUGGAGGCCGCUGUUAAAUGAAACUGCAAAGUGCUGUCAAUACCGUUUUCAUAAACGGCCUAGAAUAUGGCUACACUGCACACAUUAGUUGUGGGUUAGGUGUUACUAGUCUCAUUUUUACAAAAGCAGAAGCAGAGCAAAGAAACUUGCCCACGGUGACAGAGAGGGUAAGUAGUGAAGCCAGGAUUGGAACCCCAGGAGCCUGACUUAAGGUCGCUGCCCUUAACUACUAUGCAGACCAGGAAACUGCGGCUCCAAAGCGGGGGAAGUCACCUAAUGAGGGUCGCACAGCGUUGGGACAGCGGAGGCAGCUGGGAUUCCAGCCUCGCACGCCCGAGCUUUGGCCACUGUGCGGCGCUGUCGGGGCAGCAGCCCAGGCAACCGCUCAGUUCUUGCUCACUUCCAGCGCCCAUCUCCCGCUCCGUGCCCCAGAGGCAGAAAUGGGCCCACUCUGUAUAGACGCUACUUGUUUCUGGGUCCUGGAGGCCAAGGGAGAAAGAGGUCUAACAGGAUGGGCAAGAACCCGGCUGGAGAGAAACAAUGCAGAGGGCCAACCUCACUUGCACCAGAUUCUGGAGAGAUGAAGGCAACACUUGGUCGAGGUCAGGGUUCACUGAGGCGGGGUCGGGCGGGGGGCGGAGGGGGUCCUGCCGCCUGUCCGUGGGGCCCAGAAGCCUGGGAGCCAGGAAGAUCGGGGGCGUCCAGUCCUCGGGGCGACUGGGUCCGGGGAGAGGGGAGGGAGAAAUUAAGCGGAUCCCCAGACUAUGAACAGACAGACACCCAGACAAAUGCCGUUUCCACAGAGACUCACGAGAGUGAGAGACAGUUACAGAGACUGAGACAAACGGAUGCCGACACCGAGAGGGUCGGAGAACAGGCAAACUCCGAGCGGCAGACCGGCCCGCUCCCCGGGAACGCGGCCACAGCGGCCGGCGCCCUCCCCGGCCUCCCCGCGCGGAGAGGGGUGGCGGGCCCGACCGUGGAGGGAGGAGAGGGCGCCGCCGCAAUCUCACCUCUCCCAGGCCCGAGGCUGCGGGCGGCAAGUUCGCUCCUCGCGAUCACUCGAACGCGUCUCCCCUCGGGCCGGAAGCCCUGCGGGCUCGGGUGGGCCCCGGCGGGCCGCACAGGGGCGGCGUGGGUCCCGGCGUCUCAGGAUCGCGCUCCCACUGCGCUUCGGCCCGGGUGGCCCGGGCGCCGCCUUGAGGAGGGGACGCGUGCGGACCGCCGCCACUUCCCUGGCUGCGGCUGGCGCCCGCGCGGGCCUUAACAUCCAGGGUCUGAGCGCUCUGGAGCCGGCGGCUCCAGGGAGCGCAGGGUGCGGGAGCGGCGGCGAAGACGAGGGCCAGCCUCCGGCCACUGGAGCCCAGCUCCCGCGGCGGCGGCGGUUGGCUCCCGCCGGGCCCCUCAGCCGAGGCGCUACGCCCGCCCCUGCCGCCUCGUCCCACCCCGCCCAGGGAGCUCCGCCCUAGCCCGUGGCUCUUCCGCCUUAGGCAGCCGCUAGGCGGGAGGGACAAUCCCCCACCCCCGACUGCCACCCCGAGGGGACUAGGGGCCGAGGCCCGCCCAGGUAAGGCAAGGCCUCAGCUCCUUCCGCCGCGCUCUGGCGGCGGGUCCCGGCUCGGGCUCCCGGGGUAGUGGCGGGGGCCGCCGGCGGGGCGUGCCCUGGAAGGUGAGCGCGGCCGAGCUGGGCCGCCAGGGGGCGCUGCGGAGCCAGGGGCUCGCUGCCCGCCUCAGUCCUCCGCCCCCUCCCCGCCCGCGCGCAAAACACACUCGCCCUAGAGGCAGCGCGGCCGAGCCGGAGCCACUGCCGGAGCGGAGCCGGAGAGUGGCGGCGGCGGCGGCGGCAGCGGCACCAUGACCCUGGGCAGCUGCUGCUGCGAGAUCAUGUCCUCCGAGAGCUCCCCGGCCGCGCUGUCCGAGGCGGACGCAGACAUAGACGUGGUGGGCGGCGGCAGCGGCGGGGGGGAACUCCCAGCCCGCUCCGGGCCCCGCGCCCCCCGGGACGUGCUCUCCCAUGGCCACGAGCCUCCCCCGGAGGAAGCCGAGGCAGACGUAGCCGAGGACGAGGAGGAGUCGGGUGGCUGCUCGGACGGCGAGCCCCGCGCUCUGGCUCCUCGGGGGGCGGCGGCCGCAGCGGGGAGCCCAGGGCCAGGCGCGGCGGCGGCCCGCGGUGCAGCGGGGCCCGGGCCGGGACCGCCGUCGGGGGGCGCGGCGACGCGGAGCCCGCUGGUGAAGCCGCCCUACUCGUACAUCGCGCUCAUCACCAUGGCCAUUCUGCAGAGCCCCAAGAAGCGGCUGACGCUGAGCGAGAUCUGCGAGUUCAUCAGCGGCCGCUUCCCCUACUACCGGGAGAAGUUCCCCGCCUGGCAGAACAGCAUCCGCCACAACCUCUCGCUCAACGACUGCUUUGUCAAGAUCCCCCGUGAGCCGGGUAACCCCGGCAAGGGCAACUACUGGACGCUGGACCCGGAGUCGGCCGACAUGUUCGACAACGGCAGCUUCCUGCGGCGCCGCAAGCGCUUCAAGCGGCAGCCUCUGCCGCCGCCGCACCCACACCCGCACCCUCACCCGGAGCUGCUGCUGCGUGGCGGGGCCGCGGCGGCGGGAGACCCGGGCGCCUUCCUGCCCGGCUUCGCUGCCUACGGCGCCUACGGCUACGGCUACGGGCUGGCUCUCCCGGCCUAUGGCGCACCCCCGCCAGGGCCGGCCCCGCAUCCGCACCCACACCCGCACGCCUUCGCCUUCGCCGCGGCAGCCGCCGCCGCUCCUUGCCAGCUCUCGGUUCCCCCAGGCCGCGCCGCCGCACCUCCAGCCGGACCUCCGACGGCCUCAGUGUUCGCGGGCGCGGCAUCGGCCCCAGCUCCUGCGCCCGCCUCAGGCUCAGGCUCGGGCCCGGGCCCUGCCGGCCUGCCGGCCUUCCUAGGCGCGGAGCUGGGCUGCGCCAAAGCCUUCUACCCCGCGUCCCUGAGCCCUCCCGCAGCCGGUACCGCGGCGGGUCUGUCCACCGCACUCCUGCGCCAGGGCCUCAAGACGGACUCGGGCGGUGGUGCGGGCGGCGGGGGCGCCGGGGCAGGGCAGAGGCCUUCCUUCUCUAUAGACCACAUCAUGGGCCACAGUGGCGGCGGGGCAGCACCCCCGGGCACCGGCGAGGGCUCUCCGGGACCGCCAUUCGCGGCAGCCGCGGGUCCUGGGGGCCAAGCCCAGGUCUUGGCCAUGCUGACUGCUCCGGCCCUGGCUCCCGUGGCUGGCCACAUUCGCCUCUCGCAUCCCGGGGACGCGCUCCUGUCCUCAGGGUCCCCGUUUGCUAGCAAAGUCGCUGGCCUCAGUGGCUGCCACUUCUGACCGCAGCAGGCCCAGGGCCUGUUAGGUCCGCACUCCUCAGCCUCUCCCAGGAGCUCUUGCAGUGCCAGCGGAACUCAGGGAGUCUAUUUAUGAAGUCUCCAGACCUUGGACCGGCACGCGUGACUCGGCACUUCAUGCUCCACGCACAGAAUCUCGCAGAUAGUUGGGAUUAAGUGGGCUCUGUCGCUCAGGGCGACAGGCCCGGGGCUACGCGUCGCAGCCAAAAUCCUUAACCAUUUGAGAAAUAAAAGCUGGGGCGGGUGGGGGCUUCGUUUUUUCCCUGCCUCUCGGAGAGAAAUCAUUCCCAGAGAGAUGCCUGGCCAGGCCCCACGGAUCUGCCAGAAACACCAACAGAGGGUCUCCCUUUCUGCCUCUCCCCACUCACUUCAUCCCCAACGUUGAGACCCUGCUUGUCCAACAUUAUAAUUUAAAGACAUCUAUUAUCUGCUUUGUGCUUAAAAGAAAAAUUCAACCUUUUUUUUUUUUUUUUUUUUGUUCUCCAAGGAAGUUCAUUUCCUGUGAAGCCUAAAUCAGAGUCUACGCAGGCGGAGCUGAAUGGAGAGGUGAAGCAGGGGUCUUUAUAUUCCCUGCAGAAACCCUGGAUCCCACUCCACUGAGGAAAACCCUUUCUCUUUUGUGUUUGGGAGUUUUUAAAAGAAUUUCUUUCCCGUGGCUGGCUGGGUCCAGCCAUCCCGGGCCAGCAGCCCUGUCAGUGUUCCACCCUGUCCCAGGCCCUGUGAUAUUUAUUGUGGCAAAAGGCAAUGAGGUUGGGUGGAAGAGAGGGGUCUGGGCCCGGGACUGGAGAGGCAGGGGUGGAGUGGGCAGGGCACACUCUGUGGCAGGGGGUCCUGUAAUUUUGUGUAAAUAUCUGUACAGCGGGCUGCUCUCAGCGUUCUCUGUCCACUGGGUGUGCAUUGAUUUAGACUUCUCCACUGUGGGGAAACUCUGUGAAAUCGUCUGAUGGUCUGUGUGGAAGAAAAGAAAAAUCUGUCUACCCCUAUUCCCCAUUGGUGUCAAUUGAAUAAAUGUAUGUGAACUUCA